CUGCAUUACACUACAAACUUGGAAAAUGAAAGGAUCAUCCAUCAUCUCUUGGAUUUUGGUCAUCACCAGCGCCAUCUCUCCAAUUUAUACCCAAUACUAUUCCAAGACGGUGCCAUUUGUUUCCAAUGCGGAGAAAGUAACCAAUCUCCACUUCUUUUUCCACGACACUCUCUCUGGGAAAAAUCCUUCAGCCGUCCUAGUAGCCCAUGGCAACAUCACCGGGAAUGAAAAGUCAGCGGCACCAUUCAGCAGCGUCUAUGCCGUCGAUGAUCCCCUCACUGAAGGUCCGGAGCCGACUUCGGAGGUUAUUGGUAAUGUACAAGGGCUCUGGGUGUCAUCCAGUAAAGGUAUGCCCACCUUGAUGGCUUUCUUUGAUUUUGGCUUCACAAAGGGUGAGUUCAAUGGAAGCUCCAUUAGUGUGUUUUCAAGGAAUCCAAUAUCGGAGACUGAACGUGAGCUUGCCGUGGUUGGAGGAAGAGGAAAAUUCAGGAUGGCUAAAGGGGUUGCAAAACUUAAGACCUACUUCCUUAAUGUAACCACCGGGGAUGCUAUUGUUGAGUAUAAUGUCACUGUGAAUCAUUAUUAAGAUGUAGUAGUUUCUUCUGAAAAGAAAUUUAGAAACCGUUAAUAAGUUCAACUAGUGAUUUUUCCUAGAAUCAUAUUCCCAACCAUCCCGGAAAAUAAAA